UCCGAACCCAUUGCGAAAGCGUACAUGAUGGUGUUUUCUAAACCAAAAUAUUCUUGUAAAAUUUGGGUAUUGUUUUCAUUCACUUUCUUUGUAAGGACUUCAAGUAAAACCAGCAGCACGACAUCAAUAAGAGCCGCAUUAACAUCAGGAACAACUCCAAGUGACACCACCAUGGCAACUGUGCAAGGAGACUUGAAAGUAACUUUGGGGAUAUUUUCUGGCCGUCCUGAUCCAGAAUGGCAGGUUCUUACAAGUGACCCAAACUAUAAGGAUAUUGAACGUCUUCUUGAAGAUGCACGAGCUAGUGGCUUCAUCUACCGUCACGUAAACAUGCCAUCACGACUUGGCUAUAAGGGAUUCUUAGUACUCGACACUGCAAAGGAAAAAGCACAACCAGAAUUGGUUGUUGGCCCACAGACAGUCGAACUGCAACAGUUGUUACUAAAGACCAUCCCAGAUGAGCUGUUACCCAAAGAGUUUUGCAAGAAAAUUUCUGAAGAGAUUGAUGCAGGAAAUGUCAAGGCUAAUGUAUGAGAUCGCACAUAAACUUUACACAUAGUGAUAGCAAUCAUAUAGACAUAUUGAAAUAACAUUAUUCAGCAAAAUGACAUUCUGUAUUAUUUUGACGUAAAUUAUAAGGCCAUUUGUCACUUCAAUUUGCAAUGGGUUAGCUACUUGGUAGUGAAAUAAUUAUAAUAGGCCCUUGGGUAACUGUGUCAUGUGACUAUGUCAGGUGACCAGUCAAUCUUUAAAUGAAAUGGUCAUGGUAUGAAAUAGAUACCAGAAAUAGAAAGAGAGUGAUGCAAUUAGUGCAAUUUUGAGUCCACUGAGAUGGUACAUGUAUGUAUCUGAGGGUUUAAAAAAUUACCAAGACUUGUAAGGAAAAAUGCCCUUGGAUGGCAAAAAGCCAGCAUGCAGACUGUUUGUUUGAAACUAUAAAACUGUCCUAAAAUCUUGCUUAAAAAUUCUAAUGGCCUCAAAAUGGUUAAUCUUACUCAUUUCAUUAAGCUCUUCCCAUUUCUCUUUCCAAUUUCUUUGAAAGUUUCAAUGAACUCAUGCAAACUAAGAUAUAGAUUCCUUAAUCAAACACUUAAGAGCUAACACAACCUUUAUUCAAAAUACUUUAGAUGAAAAUAAUUAUAUGUCUUAUUAAUGUUAAAACUAGAAUAUUUAUGAAACAACAAAUAAUUUAAUGUGUAAAAUUGAUAAAUUUAUGUUAACUCAGAACUACUAUCUAAUUGAAUCUAUGAUUGUCAGUAAAGAGAAUUACUAGUCUUUAUGUACAUUUUAAGCUUGGAAUUGAACUGGAGGUGACAGGAAUAUUGUGAGUGAAGAACAACUACCUUUACAUUAACAUAAUGUAGUUUUCAAAAAGUUUGCAAAGCAUGGAAUAUUUUAGUUAAAUUUAAUGCAAAUUGAUAGUUUUGAUAAUUUAAUAAAAUAAAUUUGAAAUAUGAUGUACCAACAAAGAGUCAUUGUAAAUUUCUUCUGGGACACAGGCCACAGACUACAAUAUAAUAUUGCUCCAUGUUAUAAACUAUGAAGGUUAUUAGCAUAAAAA